AUGAGUCAACUCGGUGUAGAUAAGGAGAGGAGGAGGAGGAGUUUCAAAGAACGGCUGGGAUUCAAAGUCAUGGGGUGUUGUUGUGGGUCCAACUGGGGAUUCGGGUCAACGACCAUGAACCUCAGAGACGAAGAUGAACUUGAAACGGAAGAACAAGUUCGUAAUCCGGAUCCAGGUUGCGUCAACCCGGCUCUGGUUUCGUCGGGCAUGAACCUAGCGGCGGCUUUAGCAGCGGAGCGACAUUUCCGGGCAUCGCAUGAACCGCAAGGAUCGCCGGGGACGCCACUGAGGGUGUCGUUGAUGAGGCUGUUGGAGGAGGCAGAGGAGGAGGAGAAAGAGAAGGAGAAAGGGAGGAGCGUGGAAAUAGGGAGUGAUUCGACAUGCUGCGUGUGCAUGGGGAGGAAGAAAGGUGUAGCGUUUAUCCCAUGUGGACACACUUUUUACAGGGUUUGUUCGAGGGAAUUGUGGUGGAAUCGAGGGUCUUGUCCCCUCUGCAACCGUUCGAUCCUCGAGAUUCUUGACAUUUUCUGA